UCAAAUCAGCCAAUUAAUUUUCAUCAUCUUCAUGAUUAAUUUCAGUAAAUGUGAUAUAAUUAAAGUGUUGACACUUGUGACUGUCUAAAUUUCAAGCAAUUAACUUCAAUCGAAUGAUAAAUUGGUGAUAAUUUUACUUUUCUCUAUUCAUUUGGUGUUUACUUUUUUUCUUUGAGUCUUUGAUAUCACUUUUUAAUCAACAUGCUAAUUGAAAAUAAAAAGGGAACCAAUAAAAAUCCUAAUCAAUCGGAUGAUGAUGAUUAUGAAGAUAAUGGCUCAGGUAUAGAAGACGAUGCUCCAGAGGGAUUUCAAGCUCUUCAGCGACCAGAACAAGCUACAAUCACUUUUCCCGAUCUGCUCCGAGUACCAACAACCACAGCAAACAUGUCGUCUGAAGAUGAUUCACCCGAAAGUCUAUCAUUUGCCUCUGGUGUUGGUCAACCAGUUCGACCGAAUGAUCUUCAAAUGUCAGCGUCGACAACAGGCCAAAGACAAAGUUCCAACACACUCGGUGAACCAAUUGGAGGAUUACCAAGAAAUCGCCGUCCAUUGAGCCAUCCCGAUGUAUCUCAAAUGAAUUUAUCAUCAACACCAAGCACUUCUCUUCCUUCAUCUUCCAGUUCCAUACCAUUUGAGCCCACUGCAAGGCCACUUCCACCUCUACCUGCUAGUGAUGAGAGCGGCGAUACCAGUAACCAAAUGCCACCGCCAUUGGUACCUCGUAAUCCCAUCUCCAAUUUUAAUGCUUCUCAUGAUUCGCCAUCACCUUUAUCACCACAAACAUUGGCACCAAUUCUCGGUGCGAUAUCCAGAAUUCAGUCUUCAGUUGAAACUCUAAGCAGACAAUUUAAUGAAAGAUUGGAUGUGAUGGAAAAUCGUAUCAAUGAAAUAACCUCAAACAACGUUCUCGAUAAUCUUGAUAACCUGAAUCAAGUGACACCAGAAUUUUUAAGAAACUUUAUCCAAGAACAGAAAAGGGAAAUGCACAAUCAACGCCGAUCAUUUGUCUUAUCAUUUGCAGAGGCCUUGCGAUUUGCCGCUGAUCCUCCCCAUCAAAAUGGAUCAGCAGAACCACCAAACUCAUCGAAUAACAAUCGAUCUCGAUCUUCUUAAUCGUCUCAUCCAGUCCACUUUUCAUACAAACCAUUCGACAAUUUGAACACAAUUGUAAACAAAUCAAUGAAUCUCACGUGAAAAUACAAUCAUUACAAUUAAGCCAAUU